AUGGAAGACCCGAACCAGGAUCUGCUGGACAUUUUCAACGCAAUUGAAAGCAUUCCCAACAAGCCGAAGGAGAUGUUUGAAGAUUUUAAGAAAUGGGCGCGCGGUGAUUACGAAGACGAACUUCCGCGCGGGGGCGGCGGAGGUGGAUGUGGAUAG